UUCUGAGGUUUUAUUUUAUAUUGCAUUUGCCCCAAAUAUCCUUUUUUUCAACUAUCUUCUUUCUCCUUCUUUUACCCAGCAGCAGUGGCCGAUUCGAAUCCGAUCUUUCUAAACCCGGAACCCCGAACCCCGAACAUGGAACAAGAAGCGGCGGAAACGCUGAUUCAGGCGGCGAGCUCAGAUGGGUCGGAGCCGGCGGCCGUGAACCGCGCCAGGAAGCUUCUGUUCCGGCGAAUGCUAGUUGGGAUAAGGGACGGCCGGUUUUUCCUGGGGACCUUUCACUGCAUCGACAAACAAGGCAACAUCAUUCUUCAGGAUGCGGUGGAGUAUCGGAGCACCCGGCGGUCCUCGCCGUCUCCGAUGGAGCAGCGCUGCCUCGGUCUCAUUCUAAUCCCUUCUUCUUGCCGUGCUUCUUGUCACGUUGGUUGCUCUGUUGAAGAACAGUUGUCUCUGCUUUCGUUCUAGAACCAUAACAAUUUAUAAAAUAGUGUUUUGUAUUGGGAUGUUUUGCAUUCAUUGUUUUGACAAGAUGAUAUUCGAAACUACUCUUAUUCGAAUCUGCAGGUAAGUGUUCGGUUCUAUGAAUGAUAGAAACUGUUUUGUAUUCAUGUCAAUUUGCUUAGAACUUGCAUUGUGAGUGUGUGGCUACCCAUGAAUGAAUUCGAUUUUCUUUUGAAGAUCGAUGUUUUCGUUCA